CAAGCCUUUUUUAAAAAACUCAAACAUGAUUCAGUUUUCAGAAGAUACCCCACUGAAACUACAAAAGAGCGAAACCGAUAGAACUAAUUUCAUCAAUAACACCGGUAGUAGAUUACAUCACAAAGACAACUGUUGUUUAAAAAAACUGAUCUGGAUAUCAGUGAACCGUGGUUCAAUACAUCACUGAUCUCUUUGUUUCAGGCGUGACUGUCAAAAUUACGAAUAUAGUUAUAUUGGUUUCUUCAACUCCUUGCCAAUCACAACAUCAUUCCGUUUUCGUGAGUGUUAACCGGGAUCGCGCUUCUUAUCUGAAGGUUAUCCGUGGAGUUCGCGUGGGGAUACCGUAAGAGUCAACAUUUGCUGUCCUUAAUCCAUCACAAAGAUUUGCUCACCGAAUUACGAAGUUUCUUGAAAGGUCACGUACAGCGAGGACCGCGUGAAACGUUAUUUGUAACGUGAGAGGUUGUGUAAUUUUACGGUCGCUGCCGACCCUACGUGAGUACGUUAACCUUGGAUUUCACACCAGUUACUGUUUUUGACCAGUGUUUGUCCGAAAAGUUUACUUGGGAUUCGAACGCAAAUAUAUGUGAUUCGAACAAAAACACGACUACGAGACAGAAAUCGCUUUGUCUUACUCAAGUCCCGAGAGAUGGCGUUCUCAAACAACAAUUCCGACUCACAUCACGAACAUGUUGGAAUAAUCGAAACACACGAUCAAGGAUUCAAGAUUGGGAUCAUUCUUUGUCUUAGUGUGGCCUCUGUGGUGGGAUUUCUGGGCAAUGGGCUUGUCAUCGCUGUAAUAAUGAGGGCGAAGAAACUCAAGUCAGUAAUGAACCGCUUUAUUCUUCACCUCGCUAUCAGUGACAUGAUCGUUAGCGUGCUGGCAAUUCCAUUGUUUUUGUUUGUGAAUUUCAACGACAAAAUGUUCAACAACACAGCAAGCCUGGCGGUUUGCAAGAUAGCGCGGUUUUUCCAGUACUUAUCUCCUGAAGCGUCCAUGACUUUGCUUAUCACCAUCGGUUGGAACCGGCACCAAGCUGUCGUGCACCCGUUGAAUAUAAUGACUUAUGGCACUGCGAAUAAGUUGAUUCUAGCCGCCUGGGUCUACGCUCUCACAGUCGUUGCUCCGAGCCUUUACUUGACAAAGCUGGCACAAACGGCAGCGGAUCCAGUCACGAACGAAAGCCUGACUUAUUGUGCUACCAUUCCCGCUACCACCCUACCGAACACCAUUUACGUCUAUUUCCUGGCUCUUUUCGGUUACCUAAUACCCCUGGUUUCGCUGAUUGUUUUGUACGGCAAAAUAUACAAGACUGUUUGGAGGCGCAAAAGCGGCCAGUUGGGCGAUUCUCGACCUGAAGAAGCUUUCAUCCGCAGCAGAAAAAAGGUGUUGAAAAUGUUCCUGACCGUUAUAAUUGUCUUUCUUGUGACUUGGCUGCCACUGUUGCUGUACAUCUCGUUUAUUGAAUUAGCCGUCAAUUCCUCGUCGAGUCAUGUGGAUUAUACUCGGUUGAUCACAUAUUCUUUGGGAUUGUGCAACAGCAUUUGUAACCCAUUCAUUUAUGCGCUUUUUAACAAGAAAUUCAGAGCUGGCUGUAAGGAUAUGUGCCACGUGAGCUUCAAAGCGUUGCAGCGAAAGAAAAGCCCCGUGGAAGCGGCGAACGGCGCUGCGCUUACUCCUGGAACAGAAGAACGGCAAAUGCGCGUUUUUGCAAGGCGGGGUGGGUUCCACGGAACUAAAGGAAAUAGUAAGGCGAAUUCUGGAAAGGCCACCAACGAUAAGAAAGCAAACAAACCGGAAAAGAAAGAAACAGCGAGUUUGCCUGUUAGUCAGCUGAUAGGGAGGCGUUUCCGAAGUAUAUCGCUGCGGAGGGUUGAGGACUUAGAUAAGAACUCUAAUGACGCUGUGAGGUUAGUGAGUUAUCAAAGGACCGUGGAUCCUGAAGAAGUCAUGCUGCACAUACCCGAAUGGAAUAUUUCGCCGCAAACCGUGAAAUCCUCGGUAAGCUUGAACACAGAGAACUGCGUUAAGUUUGCGGACAGCACGGAUGAAAAUGACUCGGACAAGUCCGACUCACCCCCUGAGAACCGCAAAUUUACCGCGGAAUACGGAAGGUCUGCCCCGGAAAACAAAGGUGGCUAUUGUAUCCUUAUAGACGACGUCCAGACUCCUGUCCUGGAGCGGAGAACUAGAACACGUAGCGAAGGCAGUGCACCAAGGAGAACUAAGCACUUGAGGCUUCGUAGCUUGCCUGCCACAACGUGACUGAAUAGAGAUGUGAUAGUCAAGUCACAGAACUGUUCUAGUCCUAAACGAAAACGUGCGGCAACCACAUCAAUCUUUCUGGUUUGGCGGCUGCAACAAUCAACAUGUAGCCUGAAUGAAGACAAACAGAUCUACUAGCACGAUUAUCAGAUUAAGAUCACUUUCCCCUUGACGUGUUCAAAGUUGGCUGGACAAUGCCUAAUACAUCGCCACUCAAAAUUGCUAGUUUUAAUCACAGGAAAGUACUUGAAGAAAUUUGACCCAUAGAUCGUAAAAUACGAACCACCCUGUAUAUCCUAUUGUUUUUAAAAUCGCGAGAAGAAUUGCUUGUAGGUUUUCGUUUUUUAUGUUUACGGUUAUUGUUAUAGAAUGAAGAUGAUGUAAACUUUCUGUGAAAAUACAUAGAUUUUUAUACCGUUAUUGUUAUCAACUCUCAGAUAACUUUGAAAACAGAGACAUAGCUACAACUGCAGGUUAUUUACGACCGUUGCCAUUUUAAUUAAGGCCGAAAUCGCAACAUUUUUAAAACAGUAUUGUUUUGCUGUCAAUGCAACAUAAUAUUCAAGAACGUACAAGACUCAUCUGUAACAAAUUGAUUUCAAAUGUUAAUCGAUAUUUGCCCACCUGUCGAGCGAAGGCUCUUAAUAAUUUUUGUUUUGUAUACAGACCUUAGAAAUGUUCAUAGCGGCAUUCAAAAUGCAAUUUUAUUGGUUUCUCCAUCAAGUAGAUGUAGAGUUUGAUGUUUCAUGUAGAUCAGAAAUUGGUCUUUUUUAGAUGUUGUUCGCCCCUUUUUUUCUUUAACAAAAUUCCAAAUCAGUUACAUGUUCUAGGCUGUUAAAAGAAAAACGUUGAAAUUAGAAUUUGAUAUUUCUGGUUAAAUAUUCGCCUUUAACAUUAAAGCCAUUAAAGACAGAGACAAUUCAAAAAAAUUAUUGAAAGGAAGAUCACACUUUCAAACAAUAACCAAUAAAUAUUCUUGCUAAUGAAAUUUUUCGUUUUGGCCUGGACUAAGAAACUGCGGAACUGGCACCAUUGGAAAGAACGCCUUGAAAUUAGGAAACCCCGGAAAUGUGCCUGGAGGAGAAGAAUUCGUUUUCUAUUUAAAUAUAUGUUUUUGUCACAGACUAUUGUAAGGCAGUAUCUAUUUCUUCUUUAGGUUUCGUAAACACGCCCUUUAACCCUUUCACUGCCAGAGUGUUUGAUGGAGUUUUGUAAGGUGGCUCUAACUUUUGAGUCUGCGGAUGAAAUCCUAUGAUGUGACUAUUCAAAUAAAAGUUCUCUGCCUGUACAUGGUAUUAUUUGUUUAGUG